GUGUAUAAAACAAUAGUUUUAAUAUUACAGUAUUAUAAACAACUAAAUUUGAACAUGUUGAGAAUUGUUUGCUUAUUAGUAUUGGCCGUAAGUGUGUCUGCGAUCUCGUUCAAAGACUGCGGUCACGCCGAGGUUACAAAAUUGGAUGUUACUGGAUGCACCGGUAGCGGACCAUAUCAAAAAACAUCUCACGCUAAAUGGUACUUGCACGCUAAAAUUGGUGGCGUAGACACUGACCUGACUGCACUAUUGCCCGGUUCUGACCUAGAUGCUUGCCAUAGCACUAGCUGUCCCAUUAAUAGCGGCGAUACUAAACAAGUGGUGUUUAAGUUUACUAUACCUAAAGAGGCGCCGGUAGUGAGCGAUGUCGACGUUACCACUAAACUCAUUGGCGAUGCCGGAGACCUGUUGUGCACAGUAACCCAUGGAGAUGUCAAAGAAUAA